CGAGCAUCGGCUCUAAAUAAAAGUGCGUGCGCGAUGCUUCUCAAAACAUUUCUGCCACAUCCUGACCCACUUACAAACUCUACAAACAUGUCUUUCCUUUCAGGCUUUAUGGGUAAUAAAGCAGCAGGCUCAUUUGUCGACCAGGCUGUAGACCAAGCAGCUGCUGUAGCCAAAAGGAAGGUGAAGGAAGUAAUUUCUGGAAAAAAAGAUGUUGACAAUUCAGGGGGCAUGGGAGAUCUUUUCCCAUCUGAGGGACAAAAGAAGCCAAAGCAGAAGGAAGGUGGUGGACUGUUUGGUGGCCUCCUUAACACCGAACCAGCAGCGCAACAACCACCAGCACCAGCUCAAAGCAGUGGAGAUGACGGUGGUUUCGCUGAUGCGCUGGACGAUCUGGCAAGUGAGUUUGGCUCACAGAAAUGAUCUUACAUCAGGAAACACCUCUGCCCAACACCAGCACUGUUGAGUCAUGGAAACAAAGCAUAUUUAAUUUGUAACUUUUGUAAAUAGUUUUAAAUAUUAGUUUAACAUUUUCAGCUGGACAACGACAUCAAAUAUGAGGAACUACAACCUAUGCACAUCACAUUCUUUUGUUAAUUGGUUCAAAUAAACAAUUUUUGUUGCA